GAUUAAUCACGUCAAUCUGACACCUAUGGGUGCAUAAACUGUUAUCUCUCCACAGAUCAAUCCGAAGAGUUAUGCAAUAGCUUUCACCUUAUCGAUUAAUUGGGAUGUGUAGUCAUGCGGUUCAACUUUGCCAGUAUUAACGCAAACGAGAGGACUACAGCUCCCAACAGACGUAGCGGCUCAUCGCUUCACUAGUUAAACACUGAGUGUAGUUCGCUCCACUUGACAACCCGUUCAUGAUUCAGUUCAUUAAUAAAUAAGUAGUUCGGUGUCAUGGCGGAAUCUGCAGCAUGUCCUGCUUUCCAGCUCGGAAGACCCCGAUACGACCAGGGUUCCUUCCUCGGUCGUCUGAGACACUUCAUAGACAUCAUUGACCCCAGCACCCUGUUUGUGUCUGAGAAACGACUGAAGGAAAGCAUCAAACUCCUGGAUGACUAUAAUCAUGGUACGCUUCCACCUGGAGUGUCUGAUCUUCAGCUGUGGGAAGCCCAGAAGAUCAAGCAGGCCAUCAUUCAUCCUGACACAGGAGAGAAGAUCUUCAUGCCAUUUCGAAUGUCAGGUUAUGUACCAUUUGGAACACCAAUUGUCAUUGGCCUUCUUCUCCCAAAUCAGACUGUGGUGUCUACCAUUAUAUGGCAGUGGCUGAACCAGAGUCACAAUGCUUGUGUGAACUAUGCCAACCGUAACGCCACAAAGCCUACGCCAACAUCCAAGUUUCUGCAAGGCUACGUAGGAGCUGUGACCAGUGCCGUGUCCAUUGCAGUGGGGCUGAAUGUGCUGAUUCAGAAGGCCAACAAGUUGAGCCCUGCCACCAGAAUGAUAAUACAGAGACUUGUCCCCUUCCCAGCUGUAGCGAGUGCAAACAUCUGUAACGUGGGUCUGAUGAGACACAAUGAGCUGUCUGAAGGUAUUGAUGUGCUGGACAACAAGGGGAAUGUGGUGGGAUCCUCCAAAAUCGCUGCAAGACAUGCAAUCACGGAGACCGCCUUCACACGUGUGGUCCUCCCGAUGCCGAUCUUUGUCCUGCCCCCCAUCAUCAUGUCCUACCUAGAGAGGCUGCGAUUCCUGCAGAGCAACCGCAGAUUGUUGCUGCCCAUCCACAGCGUUGUGUGCCUGGUUACCUUCGCCCUCUCCCUGCCUGUGGCCAUCAGUCUGUUCCCACAGAUGUCUCAGAUAGAGGUGUCUCGCCUUGAGCCGGAGAUCGCCAUGGCAACAGAUUGCAAGGUGGUGUCCUAUAACAAGGGUUUAUGAUGGAUGGCGUAGGAGAGGACAGGGAACGAGGAUGGAAAUGAGGCUGCAUUGUGAAUAUCUGUCAGGGGGAACCUACUGUAGGGGUGCUCCUGUCCGCAGGUUUGGGAAUUAUCUGCUGCAGUAUUAUAGCAGAGCCUGUAGAUCAUCGUGUACUAACCCAGGGUUUCUUAAACCUUUUUUUUUUUUUUACACUUCUCAUGAUCCUAGCAAUUACUGAGUCAUGGUUUCUAACGAGCUUGAAAAUGGGAAAGAUUUUUCCGUCCUUGCUGUUUUCAAGAACAAGGAAGCUGCUCUGUAUAUAGAAAUGAUUAUAUAUUUACUGUAAAAUCAGUUUUUUAGAAUUAAUCAAAUUAUUUUAAUAUAUAAUGUACAGCUUCCCAGUUUCCCACCCACGUAUAGUUAUGACUACUCAAGUAUGUUUUCAGCCAGUUUAACAAUGAAAGUUUAAACCUGCAAUAACUUACUUUUUGUCCACGUGGGGGCAGUGGAAACAAGCUGUAAACACAACACUGACAUAAGAUCAUCUUUUCAUGUGGCCAACCUCAUGAUAUUGGCAACUUGUUAGCAAAGAGUUGCCUAUUUACACAUCCAGCAGAUACAGAGCAAAGUUAUUUAUUUGGAGUUUGCUGGCCACCUAUAGAAGUCCAUAAGUCAAUCUUUUCUUUUUGGUCUCCACUCCACUGGGUUCACCAGCUAGUCGCUAACUUUGUCAGUCUGUGAUUUACUGCUACAGAGUACAGUGUGUUUAUCAGAGCCGUUCCCGCUGAAAGCAGCUGCCAGCUGCAGCCAAACGCCCUGCUGAUGAGUGGUGAGACUGAGCCAAAACAGUAGAGUUGAGGGAAACUGCACAGUUGGGUGAUACGACUCUUUUCAUUUACAUGUAACCAUGUGCUCCAUUGUUAAUAUUAGUAUAUUGAUUUUAGCUGCUUUUAAAACAAUCCAAAAGUCUUCACAUCACCAGAGGAGGAGCAGGAGCUUGGAGCUUGUCCACAGGUUAGCCACUGUAAGUCAAGCCACCAAUCCAACCUUUCUACAUCGCGAUCCGUAUAAAAUGAAACUAUGUCCCUUGUCACUGGUUGCGUAUAUGUCACUGACCACAUUGUGAUCAUUUCAAAAACAGGUUGAUUUUUCUCUCUAUUUUACUUUUUUUAAAGUGCAGCAGAGGGAAAAUCUUCUUAAAUUGUUCAUUGUCAGUGUCCUGACCCACCAAUUGGGAACCAUUUUCCAUUUUCCUAAAGCUUUAGCUCUGAAGAUCUAUCAGAGUUUGAUAGAUUAUGAUCAGUACAGCAUGUUUUAGAACAGUAAUGAUAACGAUAUAUCAACCAACUGUAAUUUUUAUAUACAUUAAGUAUUUUUCACUUGGGUGCUUUGAAACAUGAUUCUAAUGAAUACCACGUGGUGCAGUGUACAGUUUCUCUAUAUACGAGCCAUAGAGCAGAUGUGGUUCAGACAAUGUCCCUAAACGAUCUGCGGCCUCUCUGUGCUGCAGUUUCUUGUUACUAUCUACUACGUCAAAACACGCUGCUGCUGAUUUAUCUUCAAUAAGCUUAUACAGGCUGAUAGAUCUGCGCAGUCAAUUUACUGGUCAGGCUCUUGUCUGUUGUCUCAUUGUGAUGGAGACAGUCUGCAAAAGGAGCUUUGAGUGAAAGCUUCUUCUUUGCACUCUGCACCAAUCAGGCUGCAGUGCUGAUUUAUUCAGUAUAAUGAUAAACUUUCUGAUGAGGGAACACUAUAAUAAUAAUAAUAAUAAUAAUAAUAUAAUAAUAAUAAUCAGUAAUUUAUCACUAGGGAACAAUUUUGCCAAUGUGAAGCCCGGCUGCAUGUGUAUGGGAACAUGUGGAGACUGUACUGUAGAUGUAUAUCAGUAUAUGUGCUUUUUAAACUAUUAAAUGACAGCUGAUUACUUGCCAGGUGUUUUAACCCAAACAAUGUGAAACAACAGUCAGCAUUCCACUGUUUUUUUCCUACAGUAGCCAAAUACUGUAUAUUAACUUGACAAAGGGCAUUUUACUCCACUACUGAUUGUUUGUGUCUGUUGUAUUCCUAAUGAAUUAUUUCUUUUGCACAAUACUUUAAACACAAAUGUGUAACCUAUAUUAUACUUCUGAUGAUGAACUAGUAUUUUUAAUUCUUUGUGUAAUACUUUUACUGCCACUACAUGUUUAUUAAAUGUUUGCUAGUCAAACAAUGUGAAACAUUUAUCUGUAUUAUUUGAAGAUAUAUAAUAAAUACUCUUUCGCCAUUUA